CUGUAAUUCGCAGUCUGUUUCAGCAAGAAAAUGUCUUUCUUGAUGGUGUGUUUAGGAAUCUUCAAUUCAAAGAAAUACAAAACAGAAGUUGUUGUGGAGAGCAGUUAUGUGAGAUUUCGACGAAUCUCAAGCAUCUUUUUCGCCUGAGCUAUUGAGAUAAUUUGAGAAUUGAUUGAUGUCCGUCUGUGACAAAUCAUGGCAGAGAAGCCGACUCCGCCACCAUUGAAGCCUCUCUCUCCUCUCGACUGGGAAACCCUCAUCGACGACUUCCAGUACGGUGGUCCUCGUUGCCGCAAAUGGACGUCGCUUUAUCCAUUCCCUUCUCUGCUUGACCUCCUACUCAACGCCCUUCUCCGAAAGGACUUCUCUCAUUCUCUCAAGAUUCAACUCCUCCUUUUCCUUGAAGAAUUUUCGGAUUCUCUGUUCGACCAUGAACAUCAGUCCCACUUCCUCGAUCGCCUCAUCAAUACUCUUCGAAUUGUGAUUCAAGCUCCAGUGGAUGGGGUUCACAUCACUUUCACUUUCAAAGAGCAAUUGAUGGUUUCCACCACAUCGAUUCUAAUAUGUCUUGAUGAAUUUGACAAGUUUGAAGCGAGAUAUACUGUGAAGUUGGUUGAAUUUUUGUUGACCAUGAUUAAUCGCCCGAAUCAUGGGGUGGACCGCCAUACUCGUGCCAUUGCCUGCGAGUGUCUGAGGGAGUUGGAGAGGGCGAAUCCUUGUCUGUUUUCCGAGAUUGUUGGACAUUUAUGGGGCUUGUGCCAAAAUGAGCGCACUCACGCUUCCCAGAACUACAUUUUGUUGUUCAUGUCCGUCAUACAUAACAUUGUGGCUCAGAAAUUAAAUCUGUCUAUUUUGAAUACAUCUGUACCGAUGGUCCCUUUCAAUGUGCCCCAAUGGUUAAUGGGUUCCAACAAGGAAAUUUCAGGUUUGAAUUAUAAGGAGUUAAGGAGGGCGAUAGCCUUCUUGCUAGAGUGGCCGCAUGUUAUGACUCCUUGUGGAAUGAUGGAGUUCAUGGCAAUGAUAUUGCCGGUGGCAGUGGCCUUGGAGUUGCAAUCAUCAAUGUUGAAGGUGCAGUUUUUUGGAAUGAUUUAUUCGUAUGACCCUAUGCUGUGUCAUGUUGUUUUGAUGAUGUAUUUGCAUUUCUUAGAUGCUUUUGAUGGGCAAGAGGGAGAGAUUUCCCGAAGGCUUUUGUUAAUUUCAAGAGAAGCACAGCAUUACUUGGUCUUUCGAUUGCUAGCUAUUCAGUGGUUGUUGGGUUUCAGUAAAUUGAUUUUCUGUAAAGAAGUUGGAAAAGCUAGGUCUGUAAUCACAUUAUGCUCGGCGUUUUAUCCGAAUUUAUUUGAUCCGCUUGCUUUGAAAGCGUUAAAACUUGACCUCCUUGCGCUCUGCUCAAUAUGCGUUGAUAUCUUGAGAUCGGGAGGUAGUUCACAGGAGGAAGUAGAUUCAGUUAAUCCAGUACAGCUCUUUGGAGACAGUCUUGUCUGUGUAUCAUCUUUCAAAUGGUUACCUCCAGGGAGCACAGAAACAGCUGUCAUGUUCCGUACCUUACAUAAAUUUGUGAUUAGCUCGUCAUCUCAUUCUGAUUAUGAUCCUUCUACAACAACAUAUCUGUUAGACUCCAAAAUAUUUUGUACCUUAGAGGGGAUGCUUGUGAACAUGAUGUUGGAUGGUUGGAGAUUGGUUCCUGUGGUUGUUGCCUUUGUUGAUCGUUUUCUCUCCUGUAAAAAGCAUUCUUGGUUGGGAGAGCGUUUACUUCAGAAAUUUGAUGAGCAUUUGCUUCCAAAAUUGAGAGUGGAUUAUAAGUUGAUUUCUUACUUCCCCUUAUUUGAUAGAAUUUCUGAAAACGAAACAAUACCUCCACUCAGAUUGUUGGAGCUGCUCUCAAACUUCAUGUUUUUCCUUGUCGAAAAACAUGGCCCAGAUACAGGAAUGAAAUCUUGGUCCCAUGGUAGUAGGGUUCUUGGGAUUUGUCGGACCAUGCUGGUUCACCGACAUAGUUCCAGAUUGUUCCUUAGGUUAUCUCGUAUGCUUGCUUUCACUUGUCUCUUUUAUCCUGAUUUGGAAGUUCGUGAUAAUGCAAGAAUCUACUUGCGUAUGCUGGUUUGCAUUCCAGGGAAGAAGCUCAGAGACAUCUUGAAACUUGGGGACUUGAUCCAUGGUGUCUCCCCAUCUUCACAGUCAAGUUCUUUUUACAGCGUUCAGUCACCUCGACUUUCUCAAAAGUUCAAGACGUUUAGGGACUUAUCAUCCUGCAUUCACCUUGAGCGUGUGAUCCCUUUGCUUGUUAAACAAUUUUGGUCACUGUCAUUAUCAAGUUUUGGGGUUAGCAACGACAAACCUGCCUAUCUAGAGGGUGUCAAGGACAGUGAAGCCCCUGCUGAGGAAAAUGAGUCUCCUGAAAGUUCUAAUACCGAGACUAUUCCUGAAAUGGGAAGAAUUAGCCAAACCCAAGAGCCACUGCGCGUGACAGAUUCUAAAAUUGCAGAUAUUUUGAACACAUUGAGGAAGUACUUUUCCUGCAUUCCUGACUUCAGAUGUAUGCCAGGACUCAGAGUCAAGAUAAAUUGUAGUUUGAGACUUGAGUCUAGUAAUUUCAUCCGCAUGUUAGGAAUCGAUACCACUGCCUUGUCCUUGGAAGAGAUAGAUGCCCUUCCUGCUAUAUAUGCUACUGUGUUAAAAUUCUCAUCUUCUGCACCAUAUGGGCCUAUUCCAUCUUAUCGCAUACCUUUUCUUCUUGGUGAACGUUAUGAUAAUAAUACAUCUCAGAAUCUCUCAAUUGUUCCUGUAGAAAAUGGUGCCAAAGAAGAUAAAUUUAGAGCUUCUGUGGUGAUCGAAUUGGAGCCAAGGGAACCAACACCUGGUGUUGUUGAUGUUCACAUUGAAACCAAUGCGGAAAACGGCCAGAUCAUUCAAGGUCAGCUUCGAGGAAUUACUGUCGGCAUAGAGGACAUGUUUUUAAAGGCCAUUGUUCCACCAGACAUAGCAGAAGAUGCAAUACCUCGCUACAAAUUAGACUUAUUCACUGCUUUAUGGGAGGCAUGUGGGACGUCCUCCAACACUGGGCGGGAGACCUUUCCAUUGAAAGGAAGCAAAGGAGUCGCAGCCAUCAGUGGAACCCGAUCUGUUAAGCUUCUUGAUACCCCUGUAGCCUCUUUGGUCCAGGCAACUGAGCGCCACCUAGCAUGCUAUGUUGUGGGUGUGACUGGGGAGCCUCUUAUUGAUAUUGUACGUGGCGGCGGCAUCAUCCAGAACAUCAUUUGGGAUGAUACUUCAGAUGCUUCACAUGAUCCUGCUUCAGCUGCUAAUUUUGAUACGGGCCCACUUUUCCUGACUUACAAUGAUGAGGAUACCAAGGGGGGCGUUAGCAGUGCUAGAAAACGAAACUUGGGUUGUAUUCUUAUCUUAAUAGUUCUUCCUCCGAGGUUUCAUUUGCUUUUUCAAAUGGAAGUCUGUGAUGUUUCAACUUUAGUUCGAAUUCGUACAGAUCACUGGCCCAGCUUAGCUUACAUCGAUGAUUAUUUAGAAGCUUUGUAUCUGUCGUAAGAGUUGUCUGCAGACCUGCAUACGUCUGCACUUGAGCGUAGAUUAUUUUCACCAGCCACUCAGGUGUUGAAAAUAGUAACCCAUGUUGUUAAUCCCUUUCGUUAAAUUGUUUCAAACGAAUGCAAGAGGGUAGUUGUUUUUUUGGCACCCAAAUAUGAACAGUGUAAAUACGUUUUGAUGAGAUUCCCCCAUCACAUAGUGAUGUAUCCUCAGUCCAUGUGUAUCCUCCAUUGUGGCCGAGGCCUAGCUUAGGAGAACUUUGAAAAUAUUUAUGGUGUACUCUGGUGAUUUGUACUAUUGUUGUUUUUUUUUUUUUUUGGGGUCUCAGUUGCAAUACGGAUCA